AUGGAUCUUCACGAAUUCUUCAAAAGACCGGAACCUUUUGAUUCUUUCUCGAAGGAAGUGACAUUCUACACUUCUUUGCAAGGGCUUGCAUCAGCACUCGACCGCAUUCAUACUUUCAAACUAGAUAGAACAGAUCACCUCGCCGAUUUCAGCCGUUCUGGGUCUCAUCGGGAUAUUCGGCCCCAGAAUGUUCUCGUAAAUUCGAAUACAUUCCUCUUCACGGACUUCGGCUUGUCGGAUUUCAAAGACCCUUUCGAUGAUCGCGGUUCGCAAACGCUCUGGAAAGCUGGCCGAGGAGACUACAUUGCCCCAGAAUGUUAUGGCGAGCAAUUUCAACGUCAGAAAGUUGGAAGAGCAGUCGACAUUUGGGCAUUCGGAUGCAUGAUCAUCGACACUGCCACGUAUAUGAAAUUGGGAGCCGAUGGCUUGGAACGAUUCAAAAGGCAAAGAAACGUUCUAUGGCGCCCUCCCAUCGAAAAUGGCUACUUCUUCCGCGAUAGUUCUCUCAAAAAGGAAGUACUGCAACACGUAACCAAUUUGCAAGCGCAAAAGGGCGGAUCAGCUUAUCACAAGCUACUCAAAGCGGCAAUGUCCAUGCUUCUGAUGGAGCCAAGCGAACGAUUAGCAUCACGGCAAGCACUCGAGGCCCUAGAAUUUGUAUGCACUGUGGCUUUAUUCGACGACCUGAAGUCGGCGCUAGUCAGUUACAACGACUUCCUCACUUCCCAAGCAGAAAAUGGCCCAUCGCAGGCGACCCUGUGGUUUGAGAUGGAAAGACUUAACUCUUGGGCAACUAUAUUAGAGCUAUACGGAGAAGCACUGCCACCAGCUGGCUUCAUGGCCGCAGCAAUGAAUUCCAAACUCAGCCAGACCCUCCUGUCAGAUCUCAAGGGGGUUGUCGAUCGGCAACAUCAACAGAUGAUCAGAGAUGCGAAUCCCAGCGUAGAAGUCGAAAAGUCAUGGAUUUUUCAUUCACAGUUCCAAAAAGAGCUUACGGACUGUGUGCAAAGCCUCUUCGAUCUCCUUCCACUCAAAUUGCAAAAAAGAGCCGACUUUUUGUGGACCCAUCGCCUUCUUGAAACGAGCGAGGUGGACGAGCUGAACACAUACGCUGUUGAUAGUCGAAAAUCACAAAACGAACCUUACCAACAAUUAGGCGACAGGGCAACUGUCAAGAAAAACUUGAUUACUCUGGCUGAGAAUCUCGAACCGCAUCUGGACUUGAACAAUUUCUAUUUGGAUCCGAUUAAGCUCACAGACAUUCACACCAGCGGCACUCAUGAUUUCGGAAACUAUGCUCGAGAGGCUGGGAAGGUUCGUGUGCUAAUAGAGCCAGCCUUCUUAGCUACGGAAAGGGCCGGAUUCGAUAUUAGUGUUGAAGAGAUGACGAUCCGAAAGCUGGCUCUUGCUAGGCUGUUCUCUACUCCCAAGAAGCCUGUCGACUUUCGCGUUCUAGAUUGCAUCGGAUUCAUAGACAGAGCUGUUCAACCAGGAAUUGGCCGAGUUGACUAUAUCUUCAAGCUGCCUGAGGAGCUGCGCGAAGCCUCUCAGCAUCAAGACUUCGGUGGUAUGGCUCCCAAAGAUGAUCCACAGAGCCUAAUCCAGAUUUUGGAGAGUCCCGCCCUUGGAGAUUCCGAUGUGCCACCUCUCGAGCAAAGAGUCAAUCUCGCGCAAGCAUUAGUAGGCAGCAUACACUCACUGCACUUGAAUGGCUGGCUUCACAAAUCCCUCAACGCGUACAACAUACUCCUCUUCCCGAACUCUGUUGGCAUGGCUGAUCUUAUGCAACCCCGAAUUAUUGGCUUUGCUGAGAGCCGCCCAGAUGGCGAGAUAUGGACAUCCUCGGGUCCCGAAAUCAAUCCAUCUCUCAGCGAUUAUAUUCACCCAGAGUAUCGGCGAGGUUUACUCUCAGAAGAAUCUGAGGGCAGUGGCCAAGUGCGCUUCCGAAGGGUGUAUGACUAUUUCAGCCUUGGUUUUCUGCUUCUGGAAGUUGGACUGUGGAGAUCGCUUAGGUCCAUGGCAUCGAAGCAUCGAAGCACGGGCACUGAAUCAUUCAAGGAAGCAUUGAAAUCAAAGUACAUGCCUCUACUCCGAUCACUCAUGGGGUCGGCGUAUGCCAAAGCUGUCAAUAAGUGCCUGCAAUCUGAUUUCGAAGCAGAAACGACUGGGUCCGGGGCGGAGGGACAGUUGAACGAGUUUUAUAUUAACGUGGUUGAGCCAAUCGUAGAUAUUCGGGUAGCAUGAAAAGUAGGAAAAAGGUAAAAGCUGUCAUGGCUGAUGUCCGAAUGUUUUGUGCAAGAUAAUGAUUUGAGAACCAAUAUGCCUCAGUUACACCGUCCACUACGAGGUGUAAUAGACUCUCUUCUUAGCGUGGCCGUUCUGAUGGAAGAACAAAGGGAUGAUACAGGUCCUGUUCGAAAUCACUGGAUCUGCUACUCUAGACGAUUUCCUGCUGAACUUAGUAAACCGCGGCAUAGAGCUCGGGAACUAUUAAAUACCAGUCUCC